GGUGGCGGCGGUGGGGAAGAUAAGAUCACGGCGGAAUCCAUCGCGGGCGUGAUGGAGCCCCGAAGGACUUUCCUGUUUGCAGUCAAGGCGGGCGCGCGAAUGAUCAUACGCGCUGUCGAGAACUUCCAGUCCUCCAGAGACGCGGCCGUGCACGCUCGCCACGUCGCCUCCAAGGAAUUUUUCAAGAAAAAGUGGGCAAAGGCGCUCGGUGAGCAAUGGUGGGCGCAGUUCGCGAAGGAGUUGUGGGAGCGGGCAUCCUCCUCAGUGGGCGACGUUGGUGUCACCCACGACUGCUACCUCAAGUGGUUCCAGAUUUCGCAGACAAAAAGCCCGGCGCUAAGCAGGGCGGCCAACAGUCUUCAGCAGCAGGCGCAGCGUUGUCCGAGCCACCCAGAGCAGCGCCUGACGUUGCGCAGCGGACCAGGAGGGCACAGCUUCUAUGGCUGCAGCAAGACGGACGACCGGGGGCAUUUCGCCUGCAAUUACAAAAAGCCAGCGGACGGGUACGACGUCAUCAUCAUGGAUGAGGGCCAGGAUUGUAUUCUGUGCAAAAACAUCAAGUGAAGGCUUCACGCCACUCCAACUGCAAUUGCGAGCGCUUGGCAUGACACCUUUGUAUACAUUGACGUACCCAGCAAAUGCAAAUUGUAGAGCACGAUCGACGCAAGAAGAGCAUCACCCUACGAUCUGCUUGUGCAGCGACGCGAGCGGUGCUGCCGUGCCUUUCGCCGUUAUGUACGCGUGAAUGUUGUAGUCGGUGCUUCUAGUUCUACUGCACGAUGCCGAUGUUUGCCUUGCAUAUGCUUGACGCCCUGUCAAUUCGAGGCUUUCGUCCUGGCCGAGCCCCGCACCCUUCGGUAUGUCGUCGGCGAUGUGUACCAACGAAUUUUUGGAUUCCGUGGCGCGAAAGAUGACUUCGAGAAGUGCCCGAACGUUUUCCGCGAUUUCGACCUGACUGCGUCAUUUCGGUACGGGCGGACCAUUGCGGAGGCCGCGCAGCGCGUGCUCGGGACCUUGAGGAACUGUGGAACCGACGGGCAAACAAGAACCUUCCCGAGCUUAGUCGGCGCCGCGGCUGAAGACGGGUCGGAGCGGGUCGCCCCGGUGUCGGAGCUGGAUUACCUGGAAACCAGGGAGCAGGUUGCGAUACUCUGCAAGUCCAACAAGGGCAUAGCGGACGCGUUGCUGGCGGUGCUCAAAACUGCGAAGGCGCGCGGCCAGGAGAUGCCCCGAUGGAAGUAUCUCGUCUCCGGGCCGAGCCUGAAGCCGGAGCGUUUUGCGAAAUUGGUGGCGCUGUACAAGCAAGAACCCGGUGCGAAGGUCGAGUACGAGGGCGUGGUCUUCGAAGAUUGGCAGGAGCUGUCUAGCGAGGUCGAGGAGAGCGGCAGUCCGGACUGGCUUACCCGCGUGGGGCUGGUUGAGGACAAUGAUGGCGAUGUAUUGGAGCUGUUCCAGGAGUUGGAAGCGGCGCAUGUUGCUGCAAAAGAUCAGACGGCAAAUUGGAAAAUUUGUCUUUCGACCGUGCACAAGGCCAAGGGCCUCGAAUCUAUGUUGGAACAAAAGUUUUGGGUCUUGCUUCAAUGCCUGGUUGCGCUGUUUGAGAUUGAGGCUAUAUACCAGUCUAUAGAACAAAGAAGAAGAACAAGAAGCUCUGUGCAUGGGCGUCGCCCGUUUCCAGUAAUCGAGCCGUGUGUUGAUCUCGUCCUGGAACACAACAAGAUGACGCCGAUAUUAGUAGCCUGAUAAUUCAUCACCAUCGAUUGAUGCAAGUGCAAUCCAAAACUUAGUGGCAAUAACUGUUGAACAUGCGGUAAUCAUAGGGAAUGACUUCAAGACAAUCAAGCUUCCGGAGUAUGCGCGCUUGUUGUACAUCGCGAUUACACGCGCGCGCCGGCGCUGCUACUUUUCGGAAAACCCGUGGAACCUGUUGGAAGGUCUGGGACAGAAGCCAGCAUCUGGGACACCAGCCGCGGACGGCACUUUUGACUCCACCCCUGCUGGAGAUCAUCGGGUCGAGCUGCCGCCGUCGCUCGAAAUUUCGGAGCAGGAGUGGGCCGAGUACGAAAACACUUUCGACGCGUGGCAAAAGGAAACCGCGAGCAACGGGUAUGUUUCUUCUCCCUGUCCCCUUCCACCGCAGCGGAAACACACGAUAGAGAAGAGCGGGCAGGUGCGAAGCAAUUAUGAGUUCUUCUUUGUUUUCGACGAGAGGGAGAUAUCAUGGGACGACCAGUUAGACCGUUUAGGGGAGCUGAUCAAGCGGUAUCACCCGGACAAGCUGUGCAGACUCAUCGGAGUGACCUGCAGGAGCUUGCUCCUUACCAAGAACCAACCACCCGCCGGCAAUAACCCCUUCGCGCAGCGAGUGACGCACGUGAUCACCGAAGAGACGAUGAAUAGGAUAACCGAAGGCGCCGUGGCCAGUAGGAGGCAAAUCAACGGGCUGCGGAUGACCGAUUCCAGAGGUGAGGAGGAGGAAGGCUGAGUAGCGAUGUUGCCCGAUUCCAGCCAGUAGAUUCUUCAGUCGGAAGAUGCAGCAGCUCCAGUGUGGCCUGCUUCAGGAGCAGACUUCGGUCCGCGAUCAGUGCCAGUGAAUGAUGAUCAUCCUUUUAUUUCGUCCGCCUUUUGUUCCUCGCUGGUUGAGUCACCGCGUACUUCUGAAUGUUGAAUGAUAAUCGGUCAAUUGUCAAACGAUCAGGAGAAAAAGACGACAAGAUUACGUGCCACUGGAGGACUGCUGUCGAUUCCGACCGCUUUUGUCGCGGUGGAACACUAGUAGUUCUCGCUGGAGUAUGGUG